AUGUCUUCCACUGACUGCCAGUCAGCCAGGGUGUUCCUAAACCCAAAUAGGAACUGUCAUCAACAUACCAUGUCUGCGAACCAGGUCCCAGCGUUCGCACCCAGGAGAGUAUCGUCAUAUAACUCAUUAGCUGAAGAAGACAUGAUCCAAGGCAACGGACUUGCUGCUCCGCGCUAUGCGCCCAAUGUUCAGCCCUGGAGGAGACAGCAACAGGCGCAGAGCUCUCUUUCUUUCGUUCCCUCGACCUCUCCUCGGAUGGACCAAGCCGAAUAUACUACAGCUCCGCAGCCACGUCGACCAGUAGAGCGUCCUCCGGUGGUCAUGUCGCCAUUUCGCUCAGUGCGCAGGAUGAAACAACCCUUUCAGCUGCGUCUACCCUCUUCUCCAUCCCUGGAAAGCAUCGCAUCAGCUGCAAAGGAAGCCAGAUCAUCGCGACAAUUGUCCGGAGGUCAAACGCUGCGAGCCUGGCGCUCGGACCAAAACAUCAACGUCACCAGCAUAGAUUCUUUCGGCCUUCUUCCCAGUCCUCCUCUCUCCGAUUCUCUGGGCUCACAAUCGUCCCCAUCAUCUGCCUACUUCUCUUCCAAAUACGAGUCCGAAUCAGACUAUGGUCCAGCUACACCGAAAGGUUGCGCCUGUGUGUCUGGAAAAGAAUCUUGUGAUGACUGUGGUGCUCGAAAGCAGGAUGUUCGCCCAACAACCUCGCCGCGCGAUGAGACAACCAAUGUACAUAUGGCGCACUCCAUAUUGGUCAAGCAAUGCCGGCCAGCUGAGGCGUCUUUGAUCGCAACGUCCCCCAAUCCAGAGUGCAUGCCAUCGCCCGUCCCCUCUGCAGAUUCCGAGACAUUCGUGAAGCGGAACUUUUCAGGAUCGUCGAUGGGGUCCCAGAGAAGCAGGUCAGGAACGGUAUCUAGUGAGGGAAGCUGGGUUCCCAGUAGUCUCUCCUACUGUGGUGAGUGGCUUCAGGGCGCGCCUGCAGAAACACCUGGCUCCCAGGGCGAGAGGACUCGAGAACAAAGUCGAAGGAAAUGCCAGAUUGUACAGAAGAGCCCGCCACGGCUGAGGACAUCUCCAUCUGACAAGCACGAAAUCUGCACCGUUGCCAGGAAAACAAAGCCCAAAUUAGUCGAUAUCUCGCGUCAGUCAUCUCCAGCAAUGAGCUAUUCGCUUCCAACUCCGCCACAACCGGUACCAUCCACCCCGGAUCUUGGUCAACAAGAGGUAUCGGCUUUCAGUCCGGAUACCCCAAUGGAGAUGUCUGACAGUGGGUAUAUCACUCAUCCGGACUGUCCCUCGCCCGAUGAUUUGCAGAACGAUAAGGAUGACGACGACGACUACACUGAUGCAGGCUCUAUGAGUUCAGAGAGCGUCGGCGAAACAAUCGUAUGCAGCAAACCGACUCCAGUCCCGCCUGAGCCGAAGUCUCCGCCCAAGUUAGAGCGACCACCAAAGUUUAGCACAUCACCCCAGGUCCUAGCAUCGCCAGGACGCUCCUCAACCAUGUCAGAGAAGGAGGAAUUAGAAAAGUGGUGGGAUCAUGAAUGGACUAUCGAUCAAUUGGAGCAUUCAGUGAAGGACUUUCCACGAAACAUGCUUCGUCUAACUUCUCCCGUCAUCAUGUUCAUCCGUCACAACAAUGAACGGGCACUCCUGAAACCCUUCCGCGAUAUCUUCCCGAACGUCGCGGAGAAUCUAUUAGGUGGCCUAUGUGCCGCUUUGAUCGCGCGGAACUAUGUUGUAUCCUUGGCUUCCAACAACCGAAGGAUCAACAACUUCUCGCAUCCCUCCCCCGUGUCCCGGCUAGAUACAGUACCCGAGAAGGUAGCUACAUCGCCAGGGAUGCAGUUCAGUCCAGCUACUUCGUCUCGUGUCAAAGAACGUGUCCUCGGAUCCCGAAGCAUGGAGCUUCGCAAAGAGCUGGACCGAAUAGUGGAUAAUCUGCUCUUUGCUAUAUGCGGCAAAGCAGACGAGACGCUCAAGUCAGCCGUAUUUGUUUUAGCUCAAGUUCUCGAAGCCAAGAACUGAGCAGUCAUUCUUUACUUGCCAACAUUAGUCUCUGAAUGAGACUGUCAAUCACUAUAGACACCUUUCCUAUCUCUCCUUGUUUAUUCUCUCACCCUCUAUUUCCUUCUGUUCUUAUAUCCCAGUCCCGUCUCUGUGAC